AUGCUCAACUUCGCCGUGCUCGGGUCUCUUCUUUCUCUUCUUCCUGUGGCAUGGUCCACUCGCUGCUGGAUGAUCUCAGUGAGUGGUUUCCACUGCAAUCGCGAAGCAGGCCAAGAGUGGAUGGAGAAUAUCAACCAGCGCUAUGCCUACUACGCAGACAACGGGAUGUACUCCUACAGAGGAAGUAUCUCUCAAAUCUUCCAUUCCUCCACCAGGUGCGACAGGAUUUGGGUUGACCCACUUCAUUCAAAUAUGUGGAGACUAACUUCGUUGGAUGAUCCUUGCUUGACCUGGGGCAUGCUGAACCGCUCGGCUGCGAUGGAGGUGUUGGGGCGGGUGGAGGUGCAGAUGAUGAGGAUAGCAGGGUGUGGACCACAAGUUCUCAGCAUUUCUUGUGACCUGGAACUUGGAGUUGUAUUUGGUGUUGCGCUGGGCAUUUUCAGUGUGGCAGUGUUGCUCUUGACCUUCUCCUUACACAUACCUCGGACAGUGCUCCCACUGAAGCCCAAAGACGAGGAACUCUUCAAUCCUAGCAGUCUUGGAGAUGGAGAGUUGCUUCAUAAGACUGUUCCGAUGCACCAGUGGUGCGUGAGUUUAGAAGACCUUCGGCAGUUUCGCAGGUUUUUGGUGAGGGGCUUUUCUGGGAGAUUGAUGGAUGCCAAAUGUUCGGUGGAUGCAGACAGACAGAACAUCCAUCAGGAGCUGCAGGCGACAGGUGGCGAGGUAGAACAUGCGGUCAACACCUUGAUUCACGUGAACUGGCUCUCGCCCGAGCUACAGCAUGUUGCAGCUUUGGCCGGACAGCUAGGAGAUGCUUCGUACUUCAGCUCAACAUGGCUCUGUUGUGCACUCGGCUGUUGGUUGAUUGUCCCAUUCAACCACUUCAACGACCGAUACGUGGCCACAGACACGUCAAAAGUCUGCAGUGCUGUUACGUUUGUGCAUGGCAUCGUGUGGCUCUUGCUUUUCAUUUUCUUGCCACAUGAUCGCAAGGUCUUUGCCUCUGCCUUGAUAAAGGUUUGGAUUCCUGCAGUAUUGGCACUUCUGGCUGUGCAACAGAACUGGCUCUGGUACCCUCCCUUAGGGGCGCUGGUGCUGGGCCCGUUCUGCCUGCUGCUGAGCCUAGCUGGGCCCUUGCGCGUAGCUCGCAUCCCCUUCUUGGGCAUUCCAUUGGUGCAGAUCCUGAUUGGGAAGUGGGGCUGCCGAAGAUCCAGAGGUCCGCUGCCAGGCUUUGCACCUCAGGACCAAGAGAGGUCCGUCGAGUCCACGAGUGUUGAGCCGAUGUCACAGGAUCUGGCAGAUUGGCUCUUUACAGGUCAACGUCUCUGGUGGCCCCGUGCGGAAACCGCGACGCUGGAACUUUCAGGCCUCGUCUUGGAUGGUGUGCUUCGUUUUAGCUGCCCUGCGGUGGUCGCCGUUUUGCGUUCCUCCUCAAAGAGCAUGUUGCGGGCAGCCGAAGGACUACCCCAGUUCCCCACGUGGCCUUUGUUGCUGGUGCUCACCACCGAUGGCUUCGUCCGGGCGCACCAACCCUCCCUGAUGCCGGAGUUCGUGGUGGAGCUCCGGGCGGCCAGCCUCCGUGCGGUCCAACCAUCGCAGCCGUCCUCGCACCUGGUGGCGGUGCACCAAGGAGCCCAAAGCGAGGUCACGGCUGAAUUGGCCAGAGACUGGACGUUGAGCCUUGGGAGGAUGUCCAGAGCUCUGGGCACUGAAGGGAGGCUCUGGGAAUAUCCCAGGAAUCCCUGCAAGGCCUGCGUCGCCGACUUUUGGAACCCCGACGAGUGGAUGUAUCGCCAGGUGGAAAUGCAAUGCAGCCCCUGUGCCUCGCGACAGUUGCUGCUGAUUGAUUCCUAUGGUCAGGUCUUCCUACGGCACACCUUCCUGGAUCCGGAGGUGGGACAGCGGUUCUGCAGCGGAACCGGCAGAGCUUUCCGGAACGGAAAACUGGACCCACUUGGUUUGUGCUCCAGUUGGGUGGUGAAACUUGGUUAUUUCUGCUUUUUUGUUUGGGAGGUCAACGCAGAAAACGCCUCAUUCUUUCGCCUCAUUUGCCGGGCUGCCGUUUGGCUGCAGCUAUGGGUUUCUCAUCGGGCUCGGUGAACGACGCAGGUGGUGCUCUGGGGCGUGGGAGCCAAACGGCGGACGGAUGCAGAUGGAAUGCCUUUGGACCACAGGCACCAGGAGCUGGUGAACUCACUCCGAAGCCUUUGCGGGAGCGGCAUGAGUUUCGUCCGCAAUACCCCGUGGAGUAGCGAUCAGGCGGAUGGAGUAGCGAGGGGCCGAUGCUUCGGCCGUUGCAGUGGUGGAAGGGCUGGAUUUGCAGCUCCAUAGUUGCCAGCACCAAGAGGUCGCCUCUGGUCGCAUCAGAUUCGUCUCCUUUCUCUCCGAAAAAAGAUCCGCCGGAUAGAACUGCUGAUGGUUCAGCUGCUUUGCAUUCGAUUUUAAGACCUUCACAGUGUGUUUCAUGGGCCAAGCAGACAUGCAGGCUCUGCACGCUGACGUGCUACUAGGGGGGUGCCUUUCUCAAAGUGGGAGACGACUCUUGACAGGUUUUUCUUCUUCAUGGCGUAACCAUUUCAGUUCUCCGCGAGGCCAGCAGAUACUUGAGCUCCUUCAACUCCACAGUGCCUGAGAAGUGGCGCGCGCGCAUUGAAGCAGCACAGCAAGAAGAAGUCUGUGAACCUUACCCCGUGACAGUCGCCUGGCGUGCCUUGAUGGCUGAGCUGUCGACCGCGGAUCCCGGCGAUUCCUCGCCUGACUGACCCGUCGCCGGUUCGCCCUUUCAAUUGGCACCGUUUCAACGGGCGGCGCGAGGUCCAAAAA